UUAUUAAUUAUUCUUUUGAUUUUAUGAGUGAAAAUAUUUUUAAAAAGGAUACAUUACAACAAAAUCAACGAAAAAGAAGUAAUGAUAUAGCAAAAAUUCAAAUGAUUACUGAUUCAAAGAAAAAAUUUGUUCAAUUUGAGAGGACUACUAAAUUCAAAACCGAUCCAACUAUAACAGAAUGGCUAUCAAUUUUUGGGAAUAUGCCCGAAUCUCUUCAACUCGAAGCACUCAAUUCCCUCGUUCCAACUUGUAAACAAUACCAAAUUAGGCAUUUACAUAAUUUAAUUGCUCCAUAUUUUCAAAUUGAUUUCAUUCGUCUUCUUCCAAAAGAGGUUUUUUUUAAUUUUAUUUUUUAUCUUCAUUUUAUUUUAAAGCUUUCAUUCAAAAUUCUUAGCUACUUGUCUCCUAAAGACUUGGUGCUUUCUGCAAGUAUUUCACGUACAUGGCGUCAUCUUGCCGAGGAUCACAUUCUUUGGAUGAAAAAAUGUCUUCAAUAUAAUAUUAAAGAAAUUUUCCCUCCAAAUCUUGCUAGAAGGGAAAAUUGGGCGUUGUUUUCUGCUGGACUAGUCGAUUCUCCACAAGAAUCCCCCCAUUAUUUUGACGGAGAUUCAUCUUUUUCUUCAAAAAUUUCUUCAUCUUUUUGUAAAUCUUUAUUCCAAUCACCUUCAUCUUCUUUACACUUUUCACAAUUAAAUUUACCGUCUUGUUUGGAAAGAUCUAAAUGGAAGGCUAUUUAUUUAAGAAAUCAACAUAUUUCUAAUAAUUGGCGUUUUCGACGUCCAAAUGCAAUUUGUCAUUUACGAGGACAUGAUGAACAUGUAAAUAUUUUAAGCAAAAUUAUUUUAUUUUUAAAGGUAAUAACUUGUUUAAAAUUACGUGGUGAUCGUCUUGUAACUGGUUCUGAUGAUUGUACUUUAAGAGUUUGGUCUGUAGGGACGGGAGAGUGUACACAAGUAUUAACUGGACAUACUGGAGGUGUUUGGGCACUCCAAUUAUCUGAGGACGGAAAAAUUGCUAUUAGCGGUUCUACUGAUAGGACUGUUCGAGUUUGGAAUGUUGAAACUGGUGUUUUGAUGCGUUGUUUAAAUGGACAUUCUAGUACUGUUAGAUGCAUGUCUUUAUCUGGAAAUAUUUUGGUAACAGGUUCUCGUGAUUGUACAAUUAGAAUGUGGAAUAUCGAAGAAGGUCGUUGUAUUCGUCCAUUUAUUGGUCAUUUAGCGGCCGUUAGAUGUGUUAAAUAUGCCGGUUCCUCAGUUGUUUCUGGUGGUUAUGAUCAUAAAAUACAUGUUUGGAAUGCUGAAAAUGGGACUUUAGAACAUGUUUUGGAGGGCCAUACACACAGAGUUUAUUCUUUGUUAAAGAACGUAAUUUGGUUAUUUCUGGUUCUCUUGAUACAACAAUUAGAGUUUGGAAUUCAAACACUUGUUGGGCAUCAAUCUUUAACUUCUGGAAUGAAAUUGAGAGGAAAUAAAUUAAUUUCGGCUAAUGCUGAUUCUACAAUUAAAGUUUGGAAUAUUUUAGAUGGAACGUGUAUCCACACACUUGCCGGGCCAAAUAAACAUGCUUCAGCUGUGACAGGCUUUAGAUUUCUCGAUAAUGGAAUGAUUGCUACAAGUGGAGAUGAUGGAACUGUAAAAUUGUGGGAUAUUGAAGAAGGAAGUUUUAUUUGCGACUUAAUUAAAUUGCCGUCUAGUGGUGCUGGAGGUUGUGUUUGGAGAAUGAAAGCAACCCCUACAAUGCUUGUUUGUGCAGUUGGUUCAAGAAAUGGAACAGAAGAUACAAAAUUGGUGCUAAUGGAUUUUGAUGGACCUUAUCCUUAG